AUGAAAAAGGGAGCACCAAAAUAUUAAAACAAGGUUGCAUUCAAAAUGAGAUUUCAUGACCACUACUCAGAGAAGGUUUAGAAUGCCUCUCUAGAUAGGUAUACUUUUAACAUUAAAUUAGAUUAUGCGAAUUGUGUUUGGCUUAGAUUGAAUGGAAAAUUAAAUAUGGCAAAUACAAGACUCCCCAUGAUUUAUCAAGAUGCUACAAAUGCGAAAAGAAAAACAUCUUUAAGGCUUACAGAAGAUUAUGUGAUGCCUGUUCUGAUGAAUUGAGAUAAUGCUCUAAAUGCGCAGAACCUAUUGAAUUAAAUGAUGACAGUUCAAGUGGUGAAGAAAUGGAUGAAACACUAAAAUGUUUAAGAGAGAGAUCAAAAAGAACUGUUCUUAGAAAAAUUGAAAAAGGUAAAUUCUUUUAAAUAUUAAUAGGUGAAAUAACAUGGGAUAGACAUAAUAAAAAGUUUAUUGACUCAGAAACUGGAGAAUAAGUCAUAGUUUAAUACAAAAAAGAUUAUAUUGAUGAAGAAGAUGAAGAAUUAUGGGAAGAUAAUGAUAAUGAUGAAGGUGAGGAUGAUGAUUAAGAUGAUGAUGAGGAUGAUGAAAGUGAAGAAGAAGAUAAUAAAAAAAAGAAUAAAAAAAAUGUUUAAAUUCAACAACAAUAAAAAGUUACUUAGAAAAAAACAGAAUAAUCAAAAAAACCAAAAGCUAAAAAAGUUGAAUCUAGUGAAGAUGAUGAUGACUCUAUUAGUGAUGAUUCAGAUGAGGAAAACUAAUUCAAUCAAAUUUAACAAUUACAUCAAAAAGACCCUUCUGUUUAUUCAGAUGGAUCAAAUGAAUAAGAAAAAAUCAUCAGAAGAGAGAAAAACUUUAGAUUUUAUUUUGAUGAAUAAUAUCAGCUAAUUUAGGAUGAAUGA